AUGCAUGAGACCCGUGUCGGCGGGCAGGAGCUGGCGUCAACGCUGGCGUCUGCUCAGGUGUCACCGGAGCGCGACGGGAGCAAAGAACAGGAGAUCAGCAGGCGGAGGGGGUAUCACAUCACCUGCCGUCCGUCUGUUCGGAUACCUGGCAGUUGGAAGUACACCUCCAUCACAUCCAGACACACAGGAUCCCAGGAGAUGGAGUCACGUCAGAGGGAAUCUCAGAGACACACCAGGAGGCACAGCAAGAGUCUGCUUCAGGAUCUGCUGAGUAAGGGCGCCCUGGCCGGACACAGGGAUACACCUACUCCAGGAGAGCUGAUGAGAGAUGCCAAGACGGUCCAGUCUAUCGCCAGUAUCAUCAACGGCAGAAGCAGGCUCCUGCUCUUGGAGAGCCCCGACACUGUGGAGGUCUACAAGCUACCUAAAGCAGUGGCGCCCCCUGGUGGUGGAAGAGGUGACAAGCCAGUUUACCUUCCGUCCAUCCCAGUCAAGGCCUCCAGCCUGGGCUCGGUCAGAGCUCCUCUCAGCCUGUCCUGUCCGUACCUGAGCAGCAAGCGCAGAGCUUCCUUCUCCUCCACCGGCUCCCAUAGGACUGGGGAGUACGGGAAACAGAGUACCCUGAAAGCACUGAAGGAGGCUAAGCGGUCCAACGUUACCGUGACGAUGACCUACCUGGGGCAGGGUCACCCGGGGUCAGGGUCGGGCUCGCCGGCAGAUGAGCUGAAGGUGCUCCAGCAGAUCUGUGGAGGAGAGAACAUCUGUGUCUUCAAGGGCUUGGUGAAAGCAGGAGGUGCCUUUUCUUCCAUUUGUAGACCAGGGGCGUAG